CGAAGUCUUUCUCCGUUACUCUGUUUGGUUUGUAGGGAUCUUGGACGGGACGUGCUUGCACUUGACGCAACCUUUUAGUGCCCCGCCUUGGAUUCCAAACUCUUCCGGUCGGAGCAACUACUUAUCUGCAGAGCACCCCGCCGAAGCUCGCCCAUCCUCCUUUUUCUCGUCAUCAUCAUCACCAGCUUUUUCAAGCCUCCAACUACCCUCUUCUCGUGUUGCGCGCCAGGUCGCUGCAGCUUUACCCCACCAAUACCCCCCACCACCUUUACCUCACCACUUUUACCCAGUCGACAAGAUGACUGAAGCUGUCGGAGAUUUCGGUUUGAUCGGUUUGGCCGUUAUGGGUCAGAACCUGAUCCUGAAUGCCGCCGAUCAUGGAUUCACGGUCGUCGCUUUCAACCGAACCGUUUCCAAGGUCGACCGAUUCUUGAACGAUGAGGCCAAGGGCAAGUCCAUUGUUGGCGCCCACUCCAUCAAGGAGUUCGUGUCGAAGCUCAAGAAGCCCCGCCGCAUGAUGAUGCUCGUCAUGGCCGGCAAGCCCGUCGACGACUUCAUCGAGCUCCUCCUGAACGAGGGUGGCGCUGAGGAGGGCGACAUCAUCAUCGACGGUGGCAACUCCCACUACCCCGACACGAACCGCCGCACCAAAUACCUGGCUGGAAAGGGCAUCCGAUUCGUCGGAACCGGUGUCUCUGGAGGAGAGGAGGGCGCUCGUUACGGCCCUAGCAUCAUGCCCGGUGGUAACGAGGAGGCCUGGCCAUACAUCAAGGAUGUCCUCCAGUCCAUCUCCGCCAAGUCCGACGGCGAGGCCUGCUGCCAGUGGGUCGGUGACGAGGGUGCUGGUCACUACGUCAAGAUGGUGCACAACGGUAUUGAGUAUGGUGACAUGCAGUUGAUUUGCGAGGCAUACGAUAUCCUGAAGCGCGGUCUCGGCCUAAGCAACAAGGAGAUCGGUGAUGUCCUUGCCCAAUGGAACAAGGGCGUCCUAGACUCCUUCCUGAUUGAGAUCACCCGCGACAUCAUGUACAAGAACGAUGAGGAUGGUGUUGCUAUUGUCGAGAAGAUCAUGGACUCCGCUGGUCAGAAGGGUACCGGCAAGUGGACCGCCAUCAACGCUCUGGACCUCGGCAUGCCCGUUACCUUGAUCGGAGAGGCCGUCUUCGCUCGUUGCCUGAGUUCGCUCAAGUCUGAGCGUGGCCGUGCUUCCGGACUUUUGGAUGGACCUACCCCCAGCUUCACUGGCGAUAAGCAAGCUUUCAUCGACAACCUCGAGCAGGCUCUUUACGCAUCCAAGAUCAUCUCGUACGCCCAGGGUUUCAUGCUGAUCCAAAACGCCGCCAAGGAGUACAAGUGGAAGCUGAACAAGCCCGAAAUCGCGCUCAUGUGGCGUGGUGGCUGCAUCAUCCGAUCUGUCUUCUUGAAGGACAUCACCAAGGCAUACCGCUCCAACCCCGAGCUCGAGAACUUGCUCUUCGACGACUUCUUCAACAAGGCCAUCCACAAGGCGCAGGCUGGGUGGAGAGAUGUUGUGUCCAAGGGUGCUCUUUGGGGCAUUCCCCUCCCCGCUUUCAGCACCGCUCUCAGCUUUUACGAUGGUUACCGCGCCAAGGACCUCCCCGCCAACCUGUUGCAGGCACAGCGUGAUUACUUCGGCGCGCAUACCUUCAGGAUUAAGCCAGAAUACGCCAACGAGACCUACAAGGAGGGCCAGGACAUCCACGUCAACUGGACAGGAAGGGGUGGAAACAUCUCUGCUUCCACCUACAACGCAUAAGCGUCUUAAUAUCCGAUGCGUAAGGGAAGGGAGAAUGGCAUUGCCUAUAAUGUGCGCCUGAAAAGUACCACAUGAAUGAAUAAGAUAGCUCGAAUCUAAACUGA